GGGAGCGCCGCCGCCCACCUCCAGCUUAACUGCCCAGCCUCGAUUUGGAAGGGACUGCCCCGUGCACGUGCGCCGCCGCGAUCCCAUCUCCCACCUCGCCUCGGGCAUCCCGCCGCCGCUCCAUCUGCUUCCAGCGGAGAGAGCGAUGGCCAAGGCCAGGUCGUCGGCGAAGCAGUCGCGCGCGCAGGCGCAGGCGCAGCAGCAGAACGGCGGCCACGCGCUCUCCUCUAAGCUCGCCAGGUACCUCGACCCGGAGGCCUCCUGGGACAAGGACCAACUGCUGGACGCGGUGCACUGGAUCCGCCAGGCGGUGGGGCUCAUCUGCGGCCUGCUCUGGGGAGCCGUCCCCCUCGUCGGCGCCGUCUGGAUCGCGCUAUUUAUGGCUAUUUCUACGGGCAUUAUUUAUUGGUACUAUGCAUACGUGUUGAAGAUUGAUGAGGAAGAAUAUGGAGGCCAUGGGGCACUACUUCAGGAGGGACUUUUUGCUUCUUUCACCCUUUUCCUGCUUUCAUGGACUCUAGUAUACAGUUUGGCUCACUUUUGAGAAGCUCCUUUGCUGCACAUAGCAUUCGACCUUUGCUCACCGUGCCAGCCAGAAGAGACUCACCAGAACAGUGUAGAUUAAGGAGCAUUUUAGAACAAGCAUUGUAUCAGUUCAGAGUUGUAAUGUUAUUUCCCAAACCCUAAUUUUGGUACUAUGGGUUUAGCUCAGUGCGAGGUAGAACACUGCCUAUGGAAUCUUUGAUCGGAGGGGAAAAUGAAUUGAUCUGAGUUUGCAGUAAAAAAUAUUCAAUUGCAUCAAGCUGUGAAUUCGAUGUACAACUUUUAAUACAUCAAUUGUUCUGCGAACUGUCAGGCAGCUUAUUUUGUCAAA